ACGCAAUAUAAAAGCUAAAGAUCCGCCUCCUAGGGUUUUUGCGUUCUCAUCGUCUUCGGCGCAGUCUAUCAGUACUCUCGCUCUCACAUCUCAAAACUGCAACUCUGAGAGCCAUGGCAACUGAAGUCGUAGCCGAGCCUGUCCAGCAGCUCUACCAGGAGCCUCACAACGAUGUCAAGCUCUUCAACAAGUGGACCUUCGAUGAUAUUCAGGUCAGUGACAUCUCCCUUGGAGAUUACAUUGGAGUGACCCAAUCCAAGCAUGCAAUUUAUGUGCCUCACACUGCUGGGAGGUAUUCAGUCAAGCGUUUCAGGAAAGCUCAGUGCCCUAUUGUGGAGAGGCUUACAAACUCUCUCAUGAUGCACGGGAGAAACAACGGAAAGAAAUUGAUGGCUGUUAGGAUUGUUAGGCACGCAAUGGAAAUUAUCCAUUUGCUUACCGACUUGAACCCCAUUCAAGUUAUUGUUGAUGCUGUUGUUAACAGUGGUCCACGUGAAGAUGCCACUCGUAUUGGAUCUGCUGGAGUUGUUAGGCGUCAGGCUGUGGAUAUCUCACCUCUGAGACGUGUGAAUCAGGCUAUCUAUCUCCUGACAACUGGUGCUCGUGAGUCUGCUUUCAGGAACAUCAAAACUAUUGCUGAAUGCUUGGCUGAUGAGCUUAUCAAUGCUGCCAAAGGUUCCUCCAACAGUUAUGCUAUCAAGAAGAAGGAUGAGAUUGAAAGGGUUGCCAAGGCCAAUCGUUAAGGUGCUGUGGAAACUUCUGGUACUGAAGACUACAAUUUAAAAUCAGAGUGGAUGUUAUGUAUCAAAGAAGAACAAAAUGGGUUUUAUUUAUCUUUUUGUAAUGACCGUAUGCUAGCUGCUAUUUCGGAUAUGUUUAUGUACUGUUUUUUUUUCUGCGAAGACAUAUGAUCUAGGCUCGUUUUUCUUUCGUGUUCUUUGCUUUUAGUAUGUUAUGAACUAUGUUUGGAAUCGAGAGAAGACAGGUGAACACCUUAGAAUUAUUUUUUAUGUUUAGCUCCUUUGGCUUCAAUGUGUCAAAUUAAAGGGGAGGAGUCGAGUAUGCUUUUAUGUUGAUAUUCUUCUCCAUCACUGUUACAGUGAUACUCUAUCUGAAAUCACUUUCUUUGCAUAGAUAAAUACAAUUUUACAUUAUGACCA